AUGCCUGCUUCAACAGUUAGGAAAUUGGUGGAAUUAAAAGAAUUUGUCGGUUUUAAUGUUAACAAUAAUUGUUUCAUUGACAUUCUCCAAUUUGCAGAAGAUGCUGUUUUGGUGGGUGAUGGUAGUUGGAAGCAUAUCUGGGCUGUUAAAUCGGUUCUCAGGGGUUUCAAAUUAGUAUCGGGGCUUGGUAUUGAUUUUCAUAAAAGUAAGUUUAUUGACAUCAAUAUAAGCCUUUCUUUUUUGGAAGCUUCUGCCACUUUUCUUUCUUGCAGGACAGAAGAAAAGGAAUUCACUUUCCUAAGUAUUCCUAUUGGAUCUAAUCCAAGAAGGAUAUCAUCGUGGCUUCCAUUAUUUGCCAAGUUGAGGAAGGGGUUAUCUAGCUGGAAAGGACAUUUUCUCAAUUUUGGUGGAAAGAUUGCUCUUCUUAAAUCAGUACUUAGUAGCCUUUUGAUUUUUCACCUCUCUUUUAAUAAAGCUCUGGUGAAAAUUCAACACAAGAUUGUAAGAUUCAAAGUGGGUUCCUUUAAGGAAGUUCAGAGGAGCGAAGUAGGAUACAUUGGAGUUUUGUUUGUUUACCUUUCGAAAAAGGCGCGGUAUGGAGAUAUAAUGUUGCAGAUGUCACAUCUUGUGAAAGAUUUAAAUAUGGAAGGGAGUCGAAAUUAUCUUGGUGGAUGGAUUUGCUUUCUAAUCAUAAAAAGUGGUUUUCAUUUUCCUUAUGGUCCUGUCAAUCGUGAUAAUAAAGCUCUUUGUUAA